AUGACAAGAUUGUCUCUAAAUUUGGCACGUUUGAUCCCAACCAAAGACGAGGAUAGCCUAAUAAUUGCAGCAUAUGCUUUCAGGAUGUUUAUCUAUCAUCUAUGUGAAGAUAAUGCUGAAUAUAGAAGACUUUCACUUGAUUUAGAUUCUGAUCGUAGAAUCUUUUUCAAAAAAUUCAUUGUUGAUUUCAGAAAACAGGUAGCAAAUGCACCAUUUGCCGAUGACAAUGACAAUGGGGAAAUGAAUGAAGAAAAUGAUUCUUCAUUUGAAUUGGAAAAUUCACCAUCAACGAUUAAUGAUGAUAGUAACGAUACUUUUAGUGAGAUUGAAGAAGAUGAUGAAAGAUGUGUUCUUGCUCAUUCUAUGGGCUUAGGGAAAACAAUGCAAAUUAUUACUUUCCUUGCGACUCUCAAAAUUAGAAUUCUUCAAAAGGAUCAAAAUAUUCCAGAGCAUUUAAACGAUUUCCAUGUUGUUAUUGUAUGUCCAAAAAUCGUUAUGGAGAACUGGGAAAACGAAUUUAAUAAAUGGCUAGAUAAGAAUUCUGGAUUAAAUAAUUUAAUACGUGUUUAUAAAUAUUCGAGUAAUAGAUCUUUUGAGGAGUUGGAGUUAUGGUGGAUGAAUGGUGGUGCAUUAUUAAUUGGAUAUGAAAUGCUAAGAAGUUAUCUCAAAUCAGAUUCUGAUUCCAAAUACUUCCUAAACUCAUCUUUAUUCAUAGCUGACGAAGGACAUAUUUUGAAAACAGCAACAACUAUUCUACCUACAAAAUUAAGAGAACUUGUAACCAAAAGCAGGAUAGUAUUAACUGGCACUCCAUUGCAGAAUAAUCUUAAAGCUGCUACUAUUUCUUCAGCUUCUAAAGAAAAAUCAGCAGCAAAAACCAAUCAUAACAGUAACGAUAUGAUAUUUCAAAGCAAUAUAAAUGUAAACAAUGCUUUUAACUCUGCCAACAUUAAUCCCACAUACUUCUACAACAACCCCACUGUCACUAAAAAUCCACAAAAUGAUCCACAAAAACUCGUAAAUCAUAGUUUUUUACCAACUACAGUAACGAAUUCAAAUCCUCAAUUUACAUUUGCUGGGCCAACAAUGCCAGUAACUUUUAAUCAAACGCCUACCAGUCCUUCCGAACCAGUAAUAAUUGAUUUAACAGCAGAUGAUGACGACAACAAUGCAGUUGAAGAAACUGAACUUACUUCUGCUUGGAUGUGUCUUGAUAAGCUAGCAAGCACUAUUAAAAAUAUUGAUAAUUAUGAAUUAAGUUCUAAACUUGUUAUUCUAAAAAAUUUGCUCGAAACUUUCAGAUCUCAUAAUGACAAAGCAUUAAUUUUCACCAGGAGUAUUCCAUCACUUGAAUGGAAUAUAGAGCCCAGAAAAUCUUAUAUGAGGAUCGAUGGACAUGUACAAUCUAAUCGCCAAUCAAUGAUUAAUAGUUUCAAUGCUAAUCUUACUUGGCAAGUUGCCCUAAUAAGCACACAUACAUGUGGGGUUGGGAUAAACUUAUAUGGUGCAAAUAGGGUAGUUUUAUUUGAUGUCGAAUGGAAUCCUAGUUAUGCUGAUCAAGCCAUUGGAAGGGUAUAUCGUUAUGGACAGAAGAAGUCAGUAUAUUCAUAUAGGUUGUUGACAGCUGGAACCUUUGAGGAAUCACUUUUUUUGAAUAAUGUCUUUAAAAUGGGAUUGUCAUACCUUAUCCUUGAUAAUAAAAAUACAUUGCUACAUGAAAAUUUAUCAAGAUGUGUGAUGAGUAUCCCUGAUCCAAAUCUUGAGUGUAGAUUAAAGGAUACUCUUAAUUUUGAUGAUGAUGCUCUGAAUACCGUAGGCAAAGAUCUUAGAGAUCAAAUUAUUGAUAUACGUUAUGUAGCAGAAUAUUUUAACAGCGAUGAUCGUAAUCUAAAUGAAGAAGAAACAAAAGAAGCUGAAAAUAUCUUUGAGCAGGAAAAAGAACGGUUAAAAACUCGUCGACAGAGCGUCAGAAAAACCAAACAGAACCUUCAUAUAGAUUACAAUCAAAUUUAA